AUGGACGGAGGUAAGGCACAGAAAAAACCAAUAAAUCAUCGGAACGAUUCCGACAUAACAAGCUAUUUCAUCUCGAACAUCCCCACUGUUAUAACGAAAGAAGAGUUUAGGAGAAUAUUCAAGUCAUUUGGGACGCUGUCGGAUAUCUACUUUGGAGGGAGAAAAAGAAAACAUGGGAAGAACUGUGGCUUCGUUCGCUUUGAGGGAGUCACUGAUAAGAUGACACUGGAAUCAAAACUGAACGAGAUUGAUUACAAAUUUGAAUGUGUUGUAAGUGCAAGAAUUGUUGGAUUGCCUAUUAAAUUAUGGAGUGAAUCAAAUUUCUCUGCCAUUGUUGAGAAGUUUGGGAAGAUAAUUAUACUGUUUGAUCACAUCGCGGAAAGAUUGGAUCUCUCAGUCGUAAAAAUUGGCAUCCUUAUAGAAGAAAAGAAAAAGAUCAACGAAGUCAUUAGGGUUGAAGUUGGGGCGGAAAUCUUUGAUGUUGGGGUGGUUGGGUACGAAGAUGAACUGUGGUUUCCCUUCAAGUUCGAAGAUGGCGAUCAACCGUACCAAUCUGAACCUGAUGAUAAUUCUGAUGGGGGAAACGGAAGUAGCGGAAUCUAA